CUUGGCGUUGUGGGGAUGGCCGAUGGCUGCUGCCAAACCGCUGUGUGUAGCGGGAAGCAAAACCGGGUCCUUCUUCACCUGACUCUACUACAGACUGGAUGUUUCCAGGCCACCCUGCGCUACCAGGGCCACCCUGUCAGCAACGGACACUUCAACAUCAUUGUUCUGAGCGAUGAGGAGAAAGCCGCUGUGGAUAACAAUGUUUUACGUUCUGGAGUUGGAGUUUUCUUCGAGGGUUACCUCUACCCACCCUCCAGUCCACCCAAUGUCUCUGGACCGCAAAGUCCAUCAUCCGCCAGCCCGAAAGAAGAUCAAACAACGUCUUGUAAUGGGAGCUCCCUGGAGAGAAUGAAGAAACUUAAAAAGGUGUACUUUUACAUUUCCCCGAAGCAACUGUCAGUGAAAGAAUUUUACCUUCGUAUUAUUCCAUGGAGGCUCUUCACUUUCCGAGUAUGUCCUGGGACCAAGUUCCUGUACCUCCCCCCGGACCCUCUGCAUGGUCUGCUCUCUCUACAAGUGGACGAUGGCCUGCAGCCGCCAAUAGAAGUCAGUUGCAAAGACCGCAAUGUCAUGGCUGCCACCUUCACACGUUUCCUUCACCUGAAUAUUGGUGGAUCUGAGACAUUCCAGGAUAAGGUUGCCUUCUUCCAGAAAGAGCUCAAAAACAUCCACUGCAAGAAGAACCGCAGCAAGAUAGUCCUAAGAGUGAACAGGCACUCGUUGCUGGAGAGUUCUCUUCGAACGACAAGAAACUUUUCUGUGUCUGACUGGAGCAAAAACUUUGAAGUGAUUUUCCAGGAUGAAGAAGCUCUGGACUGGGGUGGACCGCGCCGAGAGUGGUUUGAAUUGAUCUGUAAAGCUUUAUUCGAUACAAACAAUAAACUCUUCACUCGCUUCAGUGACAAUACUCAGGGCCUGGUUCACCCCAACCCUUGCAGGCCUCCUGGGCUCCGCAUGAAGCUGUAUGAGUUUGCUGGCCGGGUGGUCGGGAAGUGCCUGUUUGAAUCAUGCCAGGGAGGAGGAUAUGAUCAGCUGGUGAGGGCCCGAUUCACCCGCUCCUUCCUGGCUCAGAUCAUCGGACUUCGAAUGCACUAUAAGUAUUUUGAGACCGAUGACCCGGAUUUCUUCCAGUCCAAGGUCCUCUAUCUCCUCACUCAUGAUGUCACGGAUACAGAUCUGGUUUUCGCAGAAGAGAAAUAUGGGCGCGGGGGUCAGCUGGAAAAGGUGGUGGAGCUGAUUCCGGGCGGAGCUCACAUUCCUGUCACCAAUGAGAACAAGAUCUAUUAUCUAAAUCUUUUAGCCCAGCACCGAUUGUGCAACCAGGUGCGGGAGGAGGUGGAACAUUUCUUAAAAGGACUGAAUGAACUCAUCCCAGACAAUCUUCUUGGCAUCUUUGAUGAGAAUGAAUUGGAGCUCCUCAUGUGUGGCACUGGGCACAUCGCUGUGCAGGACUUCCAGGCUCAUGCUGUGGUCAUUGGAGGAUCUUGGCACUUCAGAGAAAAGGUGAUGAGCUGGUUUUGGGCUGUGGUUUCCAGCUUCACACAGGAGGAACUAGCCCGUCUACUACAGUUUACUACAGGAUCUUCCCAGCUCCCACCAGGGGGGUUCGCUGCCCUGUGCCCAAGCUUUCAGAUCAUUGGAUCCCCCACCCAUGGCACACUACCCACUGCUCACACCUGCUUUAACCAGUUGUGUCUGCCCACCUAUGACUCGUACGAGGAGAUGCACCGCAUGCUGAAGCUUGCCAUCAGCGAGGGCUGUGAAGGAUUCGGGAUGGUCUGAACAUACACACUGGGACUCAUUUUCUGGAGUUCAGGGACUAAGAAGCACAAUUUUCCCCAUGGGAGGACAGAAUGCCCGGCCUGGUGGAAACCAUUCCGUCACCAGGCAGAAGGUUUAAAAUGACCCAUACAAAUUUUGUUGCUGAUUACGACAGAGACAAGUAGCUGAGAUAAUACUUUAUUGGCUUUAAACGUCAGUAACAACUCCUGAAACAAGUGUUAAAUCAGCAGAGUAUCAAUUUAAAAAAUUUCUUUUUCAAUAAAAAUUUGCAAACACAAA